AUGAGUGAACACUCACCAGCACCAACUUCUUCAAGGAGUGUUUAUGGCUUUGUUCUUUAUCUAGGAAGUUACUCAUUACUUAUAUUAUAUUUAAUAUGGGCUUACAUUCCAACACCAUGGUUGCAUGCACUUGGAUUGACUUAUUGGCCACAGAAGUACUGGGCUAUAGCUAUUCCUGUUUUUGUUUGCUGUUCUCUCUUUAUUUUUGCAUUAUUAAUAUAUCCAGGUAUUAAUCUUGUAAUGACUCCCAGUUUGGCAUCUUUACAGACUAUAACUGAUGAAUAUACCAGGUUGCCAAAACCUGCUGUACCUCACAGCAUACCACCAAUAUAUGAUCUACCAAUAUCUGAUGUUUGCCGCAAGUUGUAUUUGAAAAGAAAAACUUACUAG